AUGAAGAUGAUGGAAGUUUUGGGUUCCAUUUGCGGAGUGUAUUCUGUCACCAUAGAUGCCAACGAAGGGACGGCAAGGGUUUCCGGGGAGGUAGAUCCGAACGUUCUUCUUCAUGCAUUAGGGAGGACAGGGAGCCAUGCAGAACUGGUAUGGGUGAAGAUGAAAAGUUCACCGCCGCCACGACCACCGGGCCGAGGUUACUACGACCACGGAUAUGAUCCAACAUAUGGUUAUAGAUCAAUAGAGCAACCCUACCACCAACAAUACAGAAGAGCAUUGCCUGAACACCAUGGAUGCUAUGGUGGUACACACCAUGAUCACUACCCAAUGAGAAGGCCAGCAAUGCAGUAUCCAUAUUAUGGUUCCUAUAGCUACUAA